AUGAGGCCAUAUAACUCUUACAUCAUCAGAAAUAAUAGACUAGCAGAUCAAUAGGACACCUUACCUCCUAAUCCAAUGGUUGAUUCUAAGAACUAUGACAAGAUUUUUGAAGUUUUCAUUGACUCCUUUUCUGGAGCAACUGGAGGAUUCUUUGCUUCAUUGAUGCUCUACCCUCUUGAAAAUUUCAGAACAAAGCUCUAAGCAUUAACUAAAGAAAAUUAGAAAUAAGAAAGUAUUUUCAAAGAAGAUCUACCAGAUGAUGGAUCUCAAACACAUAGAAAGACUCAUCAAUCUGAAUAUUUCAAGGAGCUUAGGUAUCUGAAAUAAAUAAUAGAAAAAGAUGGAAUUACAAGUUUAUACAAGGGACUAUCAUCAGCAUUAAUAGGAACCGUGUUUUCCUAUGGGAUUUACUUCUGGUGGUACAGAUUCUUUAAAAACUUUUUUAAACUAGUCCUCAAGCGAACUGAAUUGUCAGAUCUUGACAUUACUAUUAUCACUACUAUUGCUGGAGUUGUUAAUUCUUUUUUAACUAGUCCAAUCUGGUUUAUAAAUGCUAGAAUGGCCACAAGCAAAGACAAGAAAGGGUUGAUACAAACCAUAUUAGAGAUUUACAAGACUGAAGGUAUUUCAGCAUUCUAUAAGGGUGUGCUACCAAGCAUGAUCCUUGUGUUAAACCCAAUUAUUAACUUCGUAGUCUAUGAAAACCUCAAGAAAAUUCUACUUAAGAAUGAGUUCUCAUUGAACUUGAUAUAGCUAUUGCUUAUAAGUUCAGUAGCUAAGACAAUCGCAACAAUAUUUACUUAUCCAAUCUUGACUGUUAGAGUCAAACUCUAGACAAAUAAAGAAGAGUAGAGAGUUAGUACUUUAAGAUUUGUUUUGGACUUAUUAAAAGAAUCUGGUCUUGAAGGAUUAUAUCUUGGUGUUUAUGCUAAAUUAUUUUAAACUGUAUUAUACAAUGGAUUUCUCAUGGUAGCUUAUGAAAGACUUAGACUGUUAAUCAAGUAUAUGCUGUUUUAAUACUUAAAAAGAAGAAAGCUCAUUACUGAACAAUGA